AUGACCAAGACACCGACACCGACGCCGACAUACAGUACAGCUGGAACUGUAUCUGCUCCAAUUGAUCUAUCGGAAUUAAAAGGUGAACAUACAACAUUGAACUUGUCAAAUGGUACCAAAGGGAAAAAAGAUGUUAAACCUGGUGUGAAAGUCACUUUGACGAGUUUAACCGUUAACAAUUCCGGUACUUUGAGGAGAAUCAAUAGUGUCGUUAUACCAAUUGUAUACUCUGAUAAAUUCUAUAAGGAGGUUAGAGAUCCUUUAUUGGACGAUGUGAACAAGUUGAUCUAUUACGCGGAUAUACCAGUCGGUGCUAUAUGCUGUAGAUUUGAUCAUCUAUCUAAAGGAUCAAAGGAACCCCCUACUUUGGUGAUUUUGACACUUGCUAUUCUCGCACCUUAUCGAUCAUUAAAUUUAGGAACAUCACUUCUAGUAUCUUCUCUCAAAGCAGCUUUACAUCCCACGACUCCCCCACCACCCAUUCCAUCAGAUAACAAAACCAAUACCAGAGGAUCAUUGACUGUAGCGCCUCCCAGAGCUAAAGUCAAUAGAGCACUAGCUCAUGUUCAAGUGGGUAACGAAGAUGCCAAGAGGUUUUAUCAAAGAUUAGGUUUCAAGGAAACCGGAAUCGAAGAAAACUAUUAUUCGAAAGUCGAGCCUCAUGGUGCAGUCAUCAUGGUCUGUGAAGAUAUAGCCUCUUCUUUAGGUAUAAGUGAAGAACCAAGAACCAACGGAUCAUCAUGA